UUUUUAUUUUAUCGGUUUAUUUUAUUCAGGCGGUGUUGCGGACCUCCCCGCCUGUCCCCGGAUGUCCCGGGUGACGGAUUCUUCCACAACACCACUCCGUUGCUCCGGCGCCGCUCUGGGUGAGCGCGCGGUUUCGCUGCCCUGUCUCUUUAAACGCCUCGUGUUACCGGAAGUGCAAGGGGUGUUUCCAGCUGAUCCGAACAACAGAAGGACCGGAGUCUCCCUCGGAACACCGACCUGCUCGCGCUGUUCCCGGGCCGAAACAGCGGAGCUACGCCGGUCUGGACCUCCAGCAGUUCCUCGGGGCUAAGCUAGGAGUCCUCUCCCGGACAAAGCAAACGAACAACGGCGGGAAGUCGUCGGCGCUCCGCUGUCGUUCUUCCCGUUAGUUCGUUAGCUGCCGUGAAACCGGUACCGUGGGUCGGUGUUAGCCCGGACUGUCAUGAUCCCAGCUCGGAGAUGGCGUCCUUCCCGGGUUUGUGUCAGGCUGUCGGGCCCUCGGAGGAGGAGAACGGAGAGCAGGACGGAUCCCUGCAGCAGAUGCUGAAGGCCAUCRCCGACGAGCGGAACCGACUGAACAGCCGACAGGAGGUCAGCGGGCUGGGCUGUUUUAAAGAUGACCGCAUCGUCUUCUGGACCUGGAUGUUCUCCACCUACUUCAUGGAGAAAUGGGCCCCCCGUCAGGACGACAUGCUGUUCUACGUCCGCAGGAAGCCCGCCUACGUCGGCGCCGACAGCAACGACAGCAAGAAGGUGGAGGUGGAGGUCUACAGGAGGGACUCCAAGAAGCUCCCGGGUCUUGGUGACCCUGACAUCGACUGGGAGGAGAGCGUCUACCUGAACCUGAUCCUGCAGAAGGUGUUCAGAGACAUGACGGUAGGUGAAGGUGAGAUGGUGUGUGUGGAGCUGGUGGCCAGCGACAAGAGCAACACCUUCCAGGGGGUCAUCUUCCAGGGCUCCAUCCGCUAYGAGGCGCUCAAGAAGGUUUACGAUAACCGGGUGAGCGUUGCAGCUAAGAUGGCGCAGCGCAUGUCCUUCGGCUUCUACAAAUACAACAACAUGGAGUUUGUGAGGAUGAAGGGCCCUCAGGGCAAAGGUCACGCUGAGAUGGCCGUGAGCCGGGUGCCGACAGGCGACACGUCCCCCUGCAACACCGAGGAGGACCAGGUGUCCCCCGUCCACGAGAGGGUGACGUCGUUCAGCACGCCCCCCACCCCGGAGAGGAACAGACCCUCGUUCUUCUCUCCUUCACUCAGAAGGAAAGUGCCCAGGAACCGCAUCGCAGAGAUGAAGAAGUCUCACUCUGCCAACGACAGCGAGGAGUUCUUCAGGGAGGAGGAGGAUGAAGCUGAGACCACGCCCCCACUGAGACCACGCCCCCCUCUGCAGACAAACCAGCCCUUUAAGAAGUGCCUCCUUUUCUUCUCUUCACUUCCUGCGGGGCGUGAGGUGGUCUCUGUGGCCACAGGCCGGGCAGUGAUCACAUGACCUGGACGAGGACAGGGAUUGGCUGUUUUCUGAUCACAUGACCUGGACGAGGACAGGGAUUGGCUGGUUUCUGAUUAUAUGACCUGGACGAGGACAGGGAUUGGCUGGUUUCUGAUAAUAUGACCUGGACGAGGACAGGGAUUGGCUGGUUUCUGAUCACAUGACCUGGACGAGGACAGGGAUUGGCUGGUUUCUGAGCCCGCUGAAGAAUGUUGUCCUGUAAAUAUCUGCUGCUUUACUCACUGAGACGCCUUGAUGAAGCUUUGAAAACCCGUCUGGUUCUGAUGGUUCUGUUCCUGACAGCUCCCCGCAGGACCCAUCACAACACAAACACACAAACAACAACACAAAGCUUUCUGCUGUCAUCAGGACCAGAACCUGACAGGAAGCAGGUCGUUUCUGUAAAAAGCUUUUAGAUUCUCAGAUUAUUUAACGUCAGCUGAUAGAAAAUCUGAGCUUUUAUCUAAAUAAGAAAUAUUAAAAUCACUUUGUCUCAUGACAGAACUUCAGUUCACAUUAAACCCAAACAUGUUCUGGUUCAUGUUUUGCAAAACUUACUGUAGAAAAGUUUCAGGUUUUAAUUUGARGGUUUGAUUUUUCUUGAUUUAACACAAACUCAACAUUUAAUUUCAUGAAGUCAUGUCAGAUUUACAGAUUACAASUUUAACUUCUGUUUUCAUUUUAAAGGGAAAGUUCAAACUGCAGAACUUCAACUGUUUGUAAAAUAAUUUUCUUCUCUAACGUGACUCAAACUUUCUUUUAAUCUUCAAACGUUUGAAGCUUUAUUUUGCUGCAGACAGACUGAACAAGAAGAAGCUGAUUCAGCAGAUUUCUGUCAGAAAAGACGUCAGCGGUGAUGAUGAKGAGAUGAAUAAACUCAGGUUUAAUUAAACCCAACCUGAUCAGCUGUGAAGCUUCAGUUUCACACAGUCCUCAGUGUUUCUGUAGUUUGUAGUUUCCUCCGGCUGAAUGUAUCCUCGCUGAUGGACACCAGAGACGCCCCUGGCUCCGCCCCCUGGCCCUGGCUCCGCCCCCUGGCCCUGGCCCCGCCCCCUGACCACGGGCUUCACUGUAAACGCUUCAGGCACCUUUCUGCUGUUUGUAUGAAGCUGUUGUGUUGGCGUGUUGUCGGUCCAUCACAGCUUUUGUACUCACCGUUGUCGUGCAUGUUGGCCAAACUUGUUGUGUUGCUCACAGACUCUACACACUUUUCUGUAUUUAUUUAUUAAACACACACAUUAGCAGAAAA